AUGGCACAAGUCAUGGCGCCAAUUUCGCCAUUACAUCUAUCUGUCCCUUCCCAGAAGGACCCAUCGGUCAAGAGAACGAGAGGGAACCCGCAGCAAAUGCCGUUAAAUGCUCCUUGCAAGAAACCGUCUCCAGAGAAACCCGGGGCACACCCAUUAUCUCCUACCACUACCAAACCGGUUCCCAGAAAAUCCACUCGCAGAACAUCAACGUUACAACAGUCCACUCCUCAGGAGUCAUCAUCGCAAAUAUCUACUUCAAAAAAGCGCAGCAGAGAAUUGGACCCGGAAUGCCUUCGAAUACCAUGCCUGAAUGAGCUAGGGCUCUACGCUUUCCCUACCAAGGGUGACGGCAACUGCCUCUACUAUGCCCUCUCUGAUCAGAUGUUCGGAAACACAGAGCAUGCCGACGAAAUUCGUCUUCGACUCGCGAAUCAUAUUUCUACACACAAGGAUUACUUCAUAAACUUCAUCGCUGCUGUCGGUGGAGAGCGUAGGGCUCCUCGACGGGCAGCCGCGUCUAGAUAUUCCUCCUCCUCUUCCUCCUCUUCGUCCGCGAGCCCAGCCCCUCCUUCGGCAGAAGACAUCGAACGUAGCUUCGAAUCAAAGUUGGAAGAGUCCCGGAAGAAUGGUACCUGGGGAGGAUCAGAAGACAUCCAGGCAUUCUGCCAGUCGUUCAAAGUCGACAUCCGCGUCUAUAGCACUCGAGGCAUCCAGACUUUUCGCGACGUCUAUGCUUCACGCAGUGAAGAGAGACCAAUCCUCCAUAUUGCAUUCCAUGACUUCAACCAUUAUUCUUCUGUUCGGCAUGUGGACGGUCCACACAUUGGACUACCCCGCAUACCAACUGAUUUGAAGUCAGGUGGGCGAUCUUCGCAUGCCUUGUCUCCUGUAUGCACUGGAGCGAAGCGCUCUGUCGACGAGAGCGAGGAAGAAGAACCGCGGCCGGCUGUGCGCCGCAAGAGGACCCGAAUGGAGCCUUCCAAGCCCACACUGACGAUGAAGUUGCGUAGUCAGUCUCCCUCUCGAGCUUUAUCUCCUUCGUGCACCAGCACAAAACGCUCCACUGAUGAGAGUGUGGAUGAAGAUCCUCGCCCGGCUGUUCGCCGUCGGAGAACUUGCACCAUCAUCAGCGGCUGA